AUGCCCAUCUCAGAAUAUGCGGCACCGGCAUGGAACCCGCACCUGAGGAAGCUUGUUAAGAAACUGGAGAAAGUGCAGAGGUAUGCAACGAGAUUACUUCUGAAAACAAAAUGCAACGAAAUUAAUCCUGGAACUAAGCUGGAGAGGAUGGAGUUGGAGGUGCGAGACCUGGAGCCAGCACAGAGAGAGAAGCUGGGAGGACGAAUCAAGAGUUAUCAAGUUGAGCUGAAGCGUUUGGAAGGCGAAUACUCGCGUGUCAAGUUAUCUGCCACUACUAAUGAAGCUAGUAUGAGAGCAGAGCUUCUGGAAGAUGGGUAUGCUGGUGUAAGUGUUGGAGAAGAGCAGCGACAAUCACUCCUCGACAACACUGAGACCUUGGAACGAACAUCUGUGCGAUUGUCACAGGGUCACAAGAUUGCUUUGGAAACUGAGCACAUUGGGGCACAGAUACUGAAUGACCUGUAUAGUCAAAGACAAACCAUAAGUCAUGCACAAGAAAGGUUACGUGAGACAGAUGCAGAUCUGGACCAAAGCUCAAGAGUUCUCAAUACUAUGUUACGACGGGUCUUGCAAAAUAGAUUCAUCUUGUAUGCAGCUUUUAUUGCAGUAGGUCUUGUCAUAGCAUUGGCAGUCUACUUCUCGGUUAGCAGAGGAUGACAAUGAAGUUGCAUUAUCACAUAAUUAUAUACAAAUGUACAUAUUGCUUUAACUCAUUCUUUAUUGUAGACUUUAUAUUGUAUUUCAGUACCAUUGCUUCAUUAACCAGAAUUGCUUAAUGCAAGCAUUUAAGUGUUGAAUGAAUUCAUAUUUAGCAGAAAGCAUGCAUG